AUGAUUAAAGACUGUACAAGAAUUCACCAUUUGAGCUUCCUUGCUGUUUUGGAACCCAGAAUUAGUGGGCCUAGAGCUGAUAAGGUGCUUGAAAAUUCUGGUUUUGAUAGUUUUGCUAAAAGUGAUUCUGUGGGCUUCUCCGGAGGAUGGAUUUUGACGGUUGUGUAUGCUAGUCCUCAAGAGAGGAGAAGGAUUGAACUGUGGGAAGAAUUAACCUCCUUUAAAGACCAAGUCAUGGGACCUUGGUGUGUGGUGGGAGAUUUUAAUUCAGUCCUUUAUGAAUCUGAAAAAGUGGGGGGUGCACCUAUAAAUAGAGCAGCUGUUAAUAGAUUCCAAGAUUGCUUAAACCUUUGCCUCCUGGAUGAUCUUGGUGCAAAGGGUACUCCUUUCACUUGGCAGCGUGGGAACCUACUAGAAAGGUUGGAUAGAGCUGUGGCCAAUGAUCUGUGGAGGACCAUGUUCCCUGUGGCCUCGGUUACUAAUAUUCCCCUACCCUUCUCAGACCAUUGUGCUGUCUUGAUCAGAUUAAAUGCAGAAGAUAGAAGACCUAAACCCUUCAAGUUCUUAGCUGCGUGGUUAAACCAUCCAGAUUUCCAAGAGCAGCAAAGGAACAAAGUCGAGGCUCUGAGAAAUGAAGAUGGAGAUUGGAUCUAUGACCCACAGGAACUCAAGAGGAUGCUGGUAGACUACUAUAAAAACCUCUACACCCCAGAAGACUUGGCUUCUGGCCCCCUACCUUUUCCCUUGUCCUUCCCGAAGCUUGAUGACAAUGAGAGUUUGGAGAUGACUGAAUCUGUGUUACAAGAAGAAGUGAGAGGAGCUCUAUUCAGCAUUGGCAACCUCAAAUCCCCUGGACCCGACGGCUUCCAUUCAGUUUUCUUUAAAAAGAAUUGGGAACACAUUAAAGAUUCUUUAACAAACUUUGUGAAGGAAGUGUUUCAUAGACCUGAGAAGAUCAUGGAAGUAAACCAGACAAUCAUAGCGCUGAUCCCCAAAAUUACUUCCCCUGAUCGAGUCUCUCAAUUCAGGCCCAUCUCACUCUGUAACACAAGCUACAAAGUGGUGACCAAACUUCUGGCCAGCAGAAUUAGUAAGGUGCUACCUAACCUCAUCUCUCCCAAUCAGGCCAGUUUUGUCAAAGGGAGAAGUACCAUGGACAACGUCCUCAUUUUCCAAGAAGUGAUCCAUUCCCUUAAAUCCCUUCGAGGCAAACAGGGCUACAUGGCGAUCAAAUUAGACCUUGAGAAGGCCUAUGACAGGCUGCAAUGGCCCUUCAUUGUUGAUACUAUGAAGUUCUUUGGCUUUGAUGAACACUUCACCAAUAUUGUCCACCAUUGCAUCUCUUCCUCUUCAAUGGCCUUGUCGUGGAGGGGGUUCUACACAGAAUCUUUCAACCCUCAGCGAGGCAUUAGGCAAGGGGAUCCCAUUUCCCCUUACCUCUUUGGCCUUUGUAUUGAAAUGUUGGCCCUUAUGAUUCAAGAAGCAUGUGGUUCAGGGGAGUGGAAGCCCUUCAAAGUGGGUAGAUCUGGUUCUGAAAUAUCCCAUCUGCUUUUUGUCGAUGAUGUGAUCCUUUUGGCAGAAGCUUCCUUGGAUCAAGCUUCCCUUAUCCAUGAUGUUUUAAGGAAGUUCUGUGAUGCCUCAGGCCAGAAAGUCAGCUUAGCUAAAUCCAGGGUUUUCUUCUCAAAGAAUACCGAGACCAACCUAGCUGAGCAGCUAUCCAACAGCCUGGAAAUCCAGCAAACUCAUAACCUUGGCAUGUAUCUUGGUGUCCCUUUGCUGCACUCUCGAAUGACUAAGGAUAAUUUCAACUUCCUUAUUGACAAGGUAAAGAAGAAGCUCUCAGGUUGGAAAGCUAGCUCCCUUUCCUUUGCAGGUAGAGUUUCUCUCACUCAAUCUUGCUUGCUUAGCCUUCCAUCUUAUGUCAUGCAAACAACCCCCAUUCCUUUAGGGGUGUGCAAAGAAGUUGAGAAACUCUGUAGGAACUUUAUUUGGGGUUCCACUGUUGAGAAAAGAAAGUGCCAUCUGAUAAGUUGGGAAACAAUUUGCUCUCCUAAAGAUUGUGGUGGUUUGGGCUUCAGGGACCUCCACUCAAUAAACAGGGCCUACAUGACAAAGUUAGCUUGGAUAGUUAAAAAAGAGCCUAAUUGCUUGUGGGCAAAGGUCUUCAAGUCAAACUCUCCCACUUGGAAAGGCAUUUGUCAUGCUUGGCACCUUGCUGAUUUGGGCUCCCAUUGGUCUCUGGGUGAUGGGAAAACUGCCAUGUUCUGGAAGGAUAACUGGAUUCCCUCCCUAGGGAACUUGCUGUAUUUGGUCCCUGAAACUGCUCCAAACUGGCUUAAAUCAGUCUCUGUUAGUUUCUAUAGAGUGAAUGGAGAGUGGAAGAAGGAAACUCUGCAGCAGAUUUUACCCCCUGAAAUCUAUGAUAGAGUCAUAGAGACCAACCCACCCGGAGAAGGACAUGGAGGUGAUAGUCUCUCUUGGGGCCUCACCUCUGAUGGAAAAUUUAGCCUUGCUUCUGUGCACCCUAUAAUCCAAUCUGGUGAUAGUCAACCCUCUAAUAGAAUCUUUGGAACAAUUUGGAAAUUCAAAGGUCCUCCCAAGGUCCAAAGUUUCCUCUGGAAAGUGGCUCAUGUUCGUCUCCUUACAAACAAGGAAAGAAUGAAGAGAAGAAUGACAUCUGAUGGCCUUUGCCCCCGCUGUAUUGAUGCUGAAGAAACAGUGAUUCACGCUCUAAGGGACUGCCCCCACAUACAACAGAUCUGGAAUGCCUUCCUCCUAGACAAAGAUUGGAGUAAAUUCUAUAGCCAAGGUAUCUCAAACUGGUUGGACUUCAAUCUUCGUAGAAACUUUGUGCAACGUGGUGGCCUCUCUUGGCCCUUACUGUUUGGUAUAAUUGCUUGGCAGAUUUGGAAAGAUAGAUGCGAUUUAGUGUUCAAUAACCAUAUCACACUGCCAAGCAAUCUGAUCAUCAUUGCGACAAGUUUUACUUCAGAGGUGACUCGUACCCUGAACAAUCCUGAGACCGUGGACCAGCUCCACUGCACGGAGCACCUUAUUAAGUGGUCCAAACCUGAACAGGGAACCUGGAAGCUAAACACUGAUGGAUCGGUCCACACCAAUUCUGGAAGGGCAGCGUGUGGUGGAAUUAUAAGGGACUGGAAGGGAGCUAUUCUUCAGGGCUUCAGUUGGGUAGCUGAGGGCCUCGCAUUGCGCUGGAGCUUGGAAUCAGCACUUGAGUUGCAGUUGGAAUGUAUUAUCAUUGACUCUGAUUCAUCAACGAUUAUCGCUGCAAUGACAAGCACGAGGCCAUGCUCUCCACAGAUAGAUGUGAUAAUUGAUGAUUGCAAGAGACUAGCUUCUAAUUUUCCGGUUAUUUCUUUCUCUCAUGUUAAUAGAAAGGCUAAUGUGGCUGCUCAUAAGCUAGCCUCUGAUGCUAUAUCUUAUUCAGGUUGGAUUUGGUGGGACUCUCCCCCUUCUUGUAUUGCUGAAACAUUGUUAGCAGACUCUGCAUUUGCUUAUUAA